AGAAUAAUGCAACGAGCAAUAAUUGAAAAAAAUGAUGCGAUGAUUGUGAAUUGGAGUCAGAACUGGUUAUCUGCCCGUGAUAAACGCAUAAUAUGGAUCGACUGUGAAAUGACGGGGUUACGCCGUAAGGACAAAAUAAUUGAAAUCGCCUGUGUCAUUGUCGGUGAGCAAAUUGAUAUAGUUGUCCACCAACCUGAAAAUGUUCUUGCAGAUAUGAAGGUAUGGCAUAAGAACACUUUCGCUGCUAAUGGUCUUCUUGAUAGUAUCAGAUCCAACAGAAUCUCAAGAAUCUCAAUAAAAGAAGCAGAAAAACAAGUUCUUUUUUUUUGUGCAAAUGCAAAACUAGAUCUAUUUUAUUUUUAUAUUUUUUCCCAAUUUUCGCAAUUCUUCUGUCAGAUACUCAAUCAUCUGACGAAAUAUACGAGGAAGGGAAAGUGCCCUUUGGCCGGAAAUAGUGUCAGUGUUGAUCGAAUGUUCAUCAACCGAGAAAUGCAAAACCUCGCAGCGCAUCUUCAUUAUCGAACAAUUGAUGUGGCCAGUUUUAAUGAGAUCGUCAAAAGAUGGUAUCCAGAAAAAUAUGCUUCGAUGCCGGCAAAAAGUGGAAAACAUCGCGCUCUUGACGGAAUACUUGAAAGUAUUCAAGAAUUGACGUGGUAUUGCCGGAAUGUUUUCGCGGAAACGGAGAUUCCCGUGCAGUUCUUACUUUAA